CAGGAGUCAAGUGCAUGGCCCUUGAUGUAGGACUUCAAGAUCUGCGUGAAUGAGGGUCUGACAGCCCCAAAGUCAGUACUCAAAGCAGUGAAAGGCCAGCCCGAAAUUGGAACAUAAUUGGGCACCCUGCAGGGAGCCCAACAAAACCCAGAAAGGAUCCCUGGACUUCAAUCAGGAAAUGGUCACAAUUCUGGAACUCAGCCUUGCAAAUUUGGUCACUGGCAUUCUGAGGAAAGGAGGCAGUGGCUUUGUGUCCGGCUGGGGAAAAAGUAGAUUCGACAUGAAUUCUGAGGUGGUGGAAGAAAGUGGAAUGAGCACUCGAGUGGAGUGAGUGAGAUGUACUGUUGGUGGGCAUAGUAUCUGAAGGGAGAAGCCGUUCUCUGGGAGAGGAAUUCUCAAUGAGCCUGCCCAAGACACUGGAUCUGUGUGAAGAGGCCUAAGGAUAUAAUAGGAUGUCAACGGAGACAGACCUGCAAGUGGCUGUUAAAUCCAGCACCAAGAGAGACUCCAGAAAGAAAGGUCAGGAUCGCAGCGAAGCCACUUUGAUAAAGAGGUUCAAGGGUGAAGGCGUCCGAUACAAGGCCAAGUUGAUCGGCAUUGAUGAAGUUUCUGCCGCACGGGGAGACAAGUUAUGUCAAGAUUCUAUGAUGAAGCUCAAGGGAGUUGUCGCUGGAGCCCGUUCCAAAGGAGAACACAAACAGAAAAUCUUUUUAACCAUCUCCUUUGGAGGAAUCAAAAUCUUUGAUGAAAAGACAGGAGCACUCCAGCAUCAUCAUGCUGUGCACGAAAUUUCCUACAUUGCAAAGGAUAUCACAGACCACCGAGCCUUUGGAUAUGUCUGUGGGAAGGAAGGAAACCACAGAUUCGUGGCCAUCAAAACAGCCCAGGCAGCGGAACCUGUGAUCCUGGACCUUCGUGAUCUCUUUCAGCUCAUUUAUGAAUUGAAACAGAGAGAAGAGCUGGAGAAGAAGGCACAGAAGGACAAACAGUGUGAGCAGGCAGUAUACCAGGUUCCUACCAGCCAAAAGAAGGAGGGAGUUUAUGAUGUGCCAAAAAGUCAGCCUGUGAGUUUCCAGAAUGGUCAGUCCUUUGAUGACUUUGAAGAGCGUUUUGCAGCAGCUAUGCCGAACCGAAACUCAUUGGUGGACUUUGGAGAGUGUUUCAGGGGCGAUAAUCAGGCUGUGACCCAGUUAGAGCUUUUUGGGGACAUGUCCACCCCUCCAGAUAUAACCUCUCCCCCAACUCCUGCAACUCCAGGUGAUGCCUUUAUCCCGUCUUCAUCUCAGACACUCCCCUCUAGUGCCGAAAUGUUUGGUUCUGUACCUUUCAGCACUACUGCUGUACCCUCAGGUUACGUUGCCAUGGGUGCUGUCCUCCCCUCAUUUUGGGGACAGCAGCCCCUUGUUCAACAGCAAAUUGCCAUGGGUGCUCCGCCGCCAGUGGCUCAAGUGAUGCCAGGGGGUCAGCCAAUAGCAUGGGGCCAACCAGGCAUCUUUCCUGCCCCCCAGCAGCCAUGGCCAUCCGUAGCUGGUCAGUUCCCGCCCACCGCCUUCAUGCCAACACAAACUGUGAUGCCUUUACCGGCUGCCAUGUUUCAAGGUGCCCUCGCCCCCCUCGCCACUAUCCCCACCACCAGCGAUUCCACCCGAUCGAGCCCCCAGACAGACAGGCCCCGACAGAAAAUGGGUAAAGAAAUGUUUAAAGAUUUCCAGAUGGUCCCGCCUCCCCCGGUACCCUCCCGGAAACCUGACCAGCCUUCCCUCAGUUGUACCUCAGAGGCCUUCUCCAGUUACUUCAACAAAGUCGGGGUGGCACAGGAUACAGAUGACUGUGACGACUUUGACAUCUCACAGUUGAACUUGACCCCUGUGACUUCAACAACGCCAUCGACCAACUCACCUCCAACCCCUGCACCCAGGCAAAGUUCUCCAUCAAAAUCAUCAGCAUCCCACGCCAGUGACCCCACCACAGAUGACAUCUUUGAAGAGGGCUUUGAAAGCCCCAGCAAAAGUGAAGAACAGGAAGCUCCUGAUGGGUCUCAGGCCUCAUCCAGCAGUGAUCCAUUUGGUGAGCCCAGUGGUGGGGACCCCAGUGGUGAUAAUAUAAGUCCAGAGGUCGGUAGCUAGAUAGCGCAGGUUGGGGAGUAUGAAUCCCUCUACGCGCAGAUCAACAAACCUAAGAAAUAGAAUCAUUGUGGGUUUGGGGUGGGCGCUUCAAGACUGAAAUGGAAACCUACAUCUCAACAGGCCUUGGGCUCUCCUGAUUUCUUUGACAUGACCCCAUCUGACAAUGGAAUUGAUGGUUGCCUGCUGAACUAAUUCUACAGAUGGACCUGACCACUUGGGCAACCAGCGGCUAAUAUCUAUGGCAGCACAAAAAGGAAAAAAAAAAAGGAACCCCCAUCAUCAUCAUCCCUGGAACCGUCCGACAAUUACUUACCCUACAAAAACCUUGAGCUCUCUUGACAAGAGUUCUGAAUUGCCCACGAUGGGAAAUCUUUUUGUUUCCCUCAACCUCGACCAUUGCAUAUGGAGUCACCGACAGUGAAAAGUUAACUUGUAAUGGCCACUUAUUUGUUUUAAGCAAAGUCAGAGGGUCUGGUGUGCUCACAAGAUCAUUGUCCAUCAGGUUCUUGGGCCCAAGUCUGCAUUUUUAAAUCAAUGAUGAUUGUUUCUCAUCACUACAGAAAACUGGUCCUGCCUUGUGGCUUUGAUCUGGGGGUUCCUCUUCCCCCUAGCAUACUUAGAGAUAAUGGGUAUACCAUUUUUUGUACUUCCUGGUAACUUCCCCCUCCCAAUAAGUGAUGAAAUCUAGUUGGAAAUUGCCUCAUGUGAAAUGAACCUUAACUUGAAAUCACAGAAUUAAAUCACACAACUGAUUAUUUGUGAUGAUUUUUUUUAAAAAAUGGUUGCCAAAAGGACCUCUUUGCUCUCGUGCUUCAGGAUGGAGAAAUGCUGCUUUCAGAUUGAACAUUCUCACUAUGGGAAGAAAAUGCAUCAUCUCUCUUGGAUGAGAAGGAGGAAAAAACUCAUUAUUUCCUAGAAAACUCCAAAUGCUAAGUACAAUAAAGGAAUAUUUUUUAUUUCUCCAAUCUCUUGCUGCUGUGAUGCUAUGCAGACAAGUGUUCUCUUCUCUGUGUGUCACUUUUUUUUUAAAGAAUAUUAUUUGCCAAAUAAUUCUGGUCCAAUUUUAGUUUGCAGAUUCGGAUGAAACUGACUUUCCAAAUAGGACAACGGUGGCUUGAACAGUGGGGUAACAAACUGAACCUCUGAUGCAAGUGGUUCAUCCCUAUCUCUUUUUUGUACAUCAGAAAACUCAAAUGGGAUCUCUUUUUUUAUUUUAUAUCUUGAAAAAGGAAAAAAAAAUCUUACCAUAAAACUCUUGCAAUUUGGUAAGGGAAAUGGCUUUAAGGAGGUCCAAUGUUGAUAAUUUUUUUUGUAAAUAUCAAUCUUACUGAUAAUUCUUUUAAAUAAUGCCAUUACACUGUAGAGAGAGGAACAGGUGGCUCUGGAGGUGUAACAAGCUGGAAGGACGGUUCUUACAUGCUGUAUGGUUUCCACAAGCUUAUGCUGAUGUGAUAAGGGGCUAGAGCUCAGGUGUGUCUGGCGGUAGUAACUAGCCAAUCAGCAACUAGUGAAAACUGGGAGGGAUCACAUCAGGUAAUGAUCUCACUUUUUCCACAAAAUUACCCAAACUUCAUGUAAAGAAAAGAAUAUAUAUAUAUAUAUAUAUAUCUAUACAUACAUAUAUGCAUCUAGACAGCAUGUGCAUAUAGAGUGUACAUGACCCUUUGGAGCCUGUCUUUUUGAUUCUUGACUCCUCCCCUAUGGAAACUGCGGGACUGUUUGUACAUGACACAGAGAGUUUUAGCUUCCUUUUUUUUACAUUAAUUGGGG